AUGCCUUCGCAGGCGCGGGGUGCCGGCGCGGCUCGGCCGCAGGGCCUGCUGCCCGCACUUGUGGCCAACCUGGGCGCCACCUGGUGGCUGCGGCCCGCCACCUACCGGGUCAACAGCUGGACGUUUGCGCUGCAGUGCGUGCUGGCAGCUGCGGCGUGCCUUGCCACCUUUCAAAUCCUUGGGGAGCAAAUCAAGGGAAGCGCAGUGGCCGCAGGCUUUGAGGGCGACCCAUCCACCCUUGAGGUGCUGGACACGCGCUUCGGCUACACCCCAGAGGAGGUCGCCGCGACUUUUGCGGCUUGGACGCCGGCGGGGCGGCUGCGGUACCUGCUGAUCGAGGCAAUCGACGUCGUGGUGUACUGCACGGCGUACCGCGGCGCAUCGAUUGUCCUGAUCAACAGCCUGGCGCAGCUGAUUGUGGAGCGCUGGCCGGCGCUGCGGUGGGUGCGCCAUGCCGCCGCCAUGCCCAUCAGCCUUGCGGCCGUGGACUACAUCGAAGACGCCCUGCAGGUCGCCGUGCUGCUCUCCUACCCCUCAGUCGAACCGCUGCUGCAAAGCGGCAAGCACACCCUCGCCAGCGGCGGCGGCGCUGAGGCGCCCUCCACGCUCUCCGUGUGGCGCGCCACAGCCGUGGCGGCAUCAGCGGUCAACCGGUCAAAGUGGGACCUCUUGAGGGUGUGCCUCGCGGCGUUGGUGGCGAUGAUGGUGGCCGCAGCGGCUGCGGCUGCAGCCGGGCCGCGAACACGCAGCGGCACCACAGGCGGCAGCGGCGCCAGGGCGCGGACGGGGCAAAGGCGCAAGGACGAGUGA